AACGUUGGUAUUUCAGGAAGAAAAAUAAAAGAGUGGGAGAUCGGAUAUAAAGACGUGUCGUGCUUCGCGAAGAUAGAAACCGAUUUCAUCAUGUGGAAGCAUCGAGCUAUAGGCCUUCUGGCCUUACUGGCCAUUCUAGUAUCUGUUCAUGCUGAAGUAUCGUUUCUUUCUUAUACGAAGAAGAUCCAUGAUCCAGUAAUAAAUACUCUUCGCGAAAAGAGAGGUGCUGGAUAUGGUGGAGGUUCCGGUGCAUACAGUUCAGCAAGCAGCUCUGCCAACGCUAAUGCAUAUGGUAGUGGUGCAAACAGUUAUGCAAGCUCAAGUGCACAAGCUAGUGCACAAGCAGGAGGAAAAUCGUCAGCCCUAUCCAGCGCCAAUGCCAACGCUGGAGCAGGUGGAUAUGGUGGUGGAUUAGGAGGUGGCGGUGGUCAUGGUGGUGGCGGCGGAUUAGGAGGUGGUAGUGGAUUAGGCGGUGGUCACGGAGGAGGAUUGGGCGGCGGUGGUUGUGGAACUGGUGGUUGCGGAGGUGGUAGCGGAUCCGGUGGAUAUGGAGGUGGUGGAAGCGGAGGAGGUGGAUAUGGAGGUGGUGGAAGCGGAGGAGGUGGAUAUGGAGGUGGCGGAAGCGGUGGUUAUGGAGGUGGUGGAAGUGGAUUAGGCGGAGGUCAUGGUAGUAGUGGAGGCGGUGGUUACGGAGGCGGUGGAAGCGGAUUAGGAGGUGGUAGCGGAUUAGGCGGAGGUCAUGGAGGUGGCGGAAGCGGUGGUUACGGAGGUGGCGGAAGCGGAAGUGGUGGCUAUGGAGGUGGCGGAAGCGGAAGUGGUGGCUACGGAGGUGGCGGAAGCGGAAGCGGUGGUUAUGGAAGUGGCGGAAGCGGCGGAUAUGGAGGUGGAAGUGGAUUAGGCGGUGGUCAUGGAGGAGGAUUAGGCGGUGGUGGUUGUGGAAGUGGUGGUUGCGGAGGUGGAAGUGGAUCUGGUGGAUACGGUGGUAGCGGAGCCGGUGGAUACGGAAGUGGGGGUAGUGGAUCUGGUGGAUAUGGAGGUGGUCCUGUAAAAGGCACACCAAUCGGCGGAGGUUACGGCGGUGGUGGUGGCCAAGGUGGUGGUGGAGGUUUCGGUGGCGGUUCUGGUGGUGGUUACGGUGGUAGUGGUGGAUACGGAGGUGGAAGUAGUGGUUCCGGUGGAUAUGGUGGUGGAUCGGCAGGUUCUGGUGGAUAUGGAGGAAGUAGCGGCGGAGGUCAUGGAGGAGGUGGAGGACUCGGUGGAGGUCUUGGUGGAGGCCUCGGUGGUGGAGGUGGACACGGUGGAGGACUUGGUGGAGGCUUAGGUGGAGGUUUAGGAGGAGGUUUAGGUGGAGGUUUAGGUGGAGGUUUAGGUGGAAGUGGAGGUGGAUAUGGUAGUGGUGGUGCUAGUGCAAGUGCAAAUGCACAAGCUAGUGCUAACGCAGGAAGCUCUGGUGGAGGUGGUGGUUGUGGUGGAAGCUGCAAUGGUGGCUAUGGUGGUCAUGGUGGUCAUGGCCCUGGUACAGAUAUAUUCUCUCGUAUUGGUGGCAUAGACGAAGGAGCAAAUCAAAGUGGUAGCGUGCAAGGUGCAAAAGGUGUUUACAGCAGUAGUGCCGCAAAUAUUGAUUCGACCGGCAAAGGAUCUUAUAAAGUAUCUGCUGGAAAAAUCCCAUAAAUUACGAAAAUGGAGAUUGGAGAAUUCGCCGAAGAACUUUUAAAAUUUAAACAACUAUCUUUUUAACUCGAUAGAAUAUAUGUACUUAUAUAUCUUUUUUUUUCGGCACGAUUUACGGUGCUAGAAACAAUCUAAUAAAAAACAUACAGGAUUUGUUAUGUGAUAUUUUCUAUAAUCAUAUUAGAAAUACUCGACCAAAUACUCUUUAAAAGUAAGACAAGCGGAACCCUAAUUUUAUCUGUAAAUGUAAAAAGUUCCAAUGAAUUCAAAAUUUUAAUUGUUACAAACAUGUAUUUAUAAAUUAAAUACACAUUAUAAAAGAAA